ACUCUGUCAUUCGAACAGCAUGAGUUUGUUACCACCUGAAGAAGAAGGGGACGGCAUCGAAGUCGUCUGGGAGGACCAGCAGAGAAUCAACACUUUCUCAAAACUCAACAACAGACUUUCAGACAUUCAGGACCUUCUGAGAGCCAAAAAGGAAGAGAAAGAGUACUAUGACGAUCUGUCGACAGAACUCGAAUUAGCAGACGAUGAUGAUCCUCCCACUCUCUACAAGAUUGGAGAAUCGUUCUUCCAUCUACCGCUGAGAGACGCCAGGAGGCAGCUGAAGAAGGAUAUGAAGCGGUAUGAGACGGAUAUCGAGGGCUUGGAGGCGAGGGCUGAGGAAUGUGAGAAGGGUAUGAAGGAGCUUAAAGUACAUCUGUACGCCAAGUUUGGAAAGCAGAUCAAUCUCGAAACAACACCUUAGACUUGUACAAC